AUGCGUAACGCCGUAUUCGCCCAGUUUCUCCUUCAGCUCUGCUUCGCGCUUUUGGCUGUCGCCGCGCCGGCAUCCGAUCCCGCUGUUGGCACAGCAGCUCACGGCAAUACCUGGCAGUAUGGCACUGGUGGUGGCAUCCUCGGAUUCAUAGUCCUUGUACUGGAUAUUAUCGUGUUCCUUGAGGUUCUCAAGUCUGAUCGACCCGUCAGUCACAAGGUGCUCUGGUGCCUCGUCGUCUUCCUUUUCCCCAUCGUCGGCAUGGUCAUCUACUGGCUGUUCUCGAACCGCGCUGCCCACAACUCUCGCUCUGGAUACGAGGCGGUCGCAUAA